UGAUCCAGUUCAUGCCAUUUCUUCAACCAUGUGGACCAGACCAAAAGUGGUUUACAGCCUCCGCCUCUCCUCCUCCUUCCGAGAUCCGAACCCUAAAACAAUCCAUCGCCUCUCUAAUUUCCUCCAAAUUUCUCUUUCUCCUCCCCAGCACUACCUCUUCCCCUAUCAUCGAAAUCCUUCGCUUUGUUCUCCCAAAAAGUAACGGCGUCUCUUCUGUUUCCAUGGGCGCCUGGGCUGUUUUUGAAAAGCUCCGGGACCAGAAGCGGCGAAGUUAGAGAAACCUGAUUUAUUCGCGCGAUCGACUUUCAUCGCCGACGUGUCUUCCAGCAGGUGUUUCAUUAUAUCAAUAUACGAAACAGUUCUGUAUUGUGCAUACAUCAGCUACAGUUAAAUUUCGGUCACUGCUGACAAAAUAAAGAUGGCAAAUCAAGGAGCCAAGAAGCAAAAGGAAAAAAAUGUGCGGCACAUGACAAAUCUCCGUCACCUCAUCAUUGCCUGCAAUGUUGUAUAUGUAUUGGUGAGGAUUUUGAUCUUGCACUCAAGCUUCACUUGGAAACACUGGGUGGGUCUUGUUUUGACCUCUUUGGCUUAUGCAAUUCCCUAUAAGCAACUUGACCAGAUGGCAAAACCUACUUAUGCAUCAGAUGGGGAGCUUAUUGAUGGUGGGUUUGAUAUGAGUACUGGUGGGAUUUGUGGGUAUGCAUUUUCUGUAUUACUUGACAGUUUUUGUUUGUACUUUUCUAUGUGUAACAUGUCAUUUUCUUGAUAUUUUAGUUCUGCGCGACUCACUAUUUUUAUAGAUGCAAUAGGCAGGCAUAUGGAAUUAACCCAUUCAUAUCUUAGUCUUUGGUCCUUAUAAUGAUUGCAUGCAGCUAUUGUCAUUAU